AUGGACGACAUCAACAAGGGCAAGGAGAAGGAGCAGGAGGAUGUGCUGCCCUACCUCCAGAAUGCCGUACUCGAACAGCAGAGCGUCGAAUCAGGACCCCUUCCGAUUCAACGAUUAGACGUCCACACAACGGCUUCGAGUAUCACCACCACCAUGCCAUCCUCUCCAACGAAGAGAGGCAAGGAAGGAGGCGACGACGUCCUGCCCUACCUCCAGAAUGCCGUACUCGAGCAGCACACCGGCGGGGGCGACAAGCCACUACAAAUCCAGCGAUUAGAUGGCAGCCUUUCCGACACAGGACCCGGCGCGCGCAGCCCGCGUUCUGGAACGCAAGCGCUGGCCUCCGCGUUUGGUGCGGCUACGACGGGCGGCGGCGGCGGCGGCGGCGGCGGCAAGGGAGCCGCACCACCUCUGCUGCACCAUCAGCCACCUCCCCUCCAGCUCCACCAGCCGCCCACAGCAUCAGCCUCUGCUGGUGCUGGUGCUGCUUUCAUCUCGUCCUCGUCCUCUUCUCCUCUCUCUUCGCUUCACCACGGCUCUUCCUCUUCCGCCUCCGCCGCUUCAACCCUCUUCGCUGCGCAGCAGCCGCCACCGUUCAACCACCACCACGCGCUCUCCACGACACUUGCGGCGGCUUCGGCCUCUGGUGCGGGUGCUGCCACCUGCGCGCCCUCUGUGCUCUCCGCGACCCACCACGCCGUGGAAGACGCCCAUCAGUACCACCACCACCAACCGCCGCCGCCGCAACACAUCGCCAGCGCCGAUCACAGCCUCGGAGGUCACGGCGGAUAUGACGGCCAUCACAUCCAGGCCACGCUGGACGGCCACCACGGUGGCGGCUUCGACUCGCAUCAGUUCGGCCACCAUGCCAUGACGGACGGCCACGCAGGCGGCGCAUUCGACAACCACCACCACCACGUCGUGGACGCGCACGCGAUGCCGUCCAUCGGCCUGGGCAUCAAUCGAAAUCACUCGGCAGGCGACGCGGGCAAUCACACGACCGGCGGCCACUUCGAUUCACACCUCGGAGGCCACGCCGGCCACGCGGUGGACAACCACCACGCCGCCGACUCGCACUUUGUCGGUGGUGGCCACCACGCCGCUGGCGUGGAUCUACAUCACGUCGCCCAGCCUCCGGUGUCGGGUCACCACGUCGUCGACACCUUUACCGCCGCCACCGCGGCAUUGCCAUCGCAGCCCGCGCCGCACCACCACGCCCUCACCGAGUAUAACUACGGCGGCGGCCAUCACGUGCCCGACUUCACCGGCGGCGGACCCGGCGCAGGGCCGUCCCACCACGCGGUGCUGUCCCCGCCGCACAGCUUCCGUAGCGGCUCGGGACUCGACUUUGCCGCUAGCGCCUUCGCUCCCGCCGUGGCUGCCCCCGGCGGCGGCGGCGGCGGCGGCGGCUCUACGCCCGCGGCGGGCCAGUCGCUGCGGGCGGCGGCUCCUUCGCCGAAUACCAUCAGCAGCAAGCUGGACGCGUCGGGCGUGCGGCAGCCGUCGGCGGCGGUGCUGGUCCUGCUGCUCAUCAUCAUCCCCGUGCUCUCGCUCUCGCCCUACUGGGGCUACCACGGACCAAGCACGGUGUCGGCGUUCAUGAUGGACGAGUUCGGCAUCUCCUACCUCGACCUGGGCCUCAUGUUCUCGCUCUACUCGCUGCCCAACCUCUUCAUGCCCUUCAUCGCCGGGAGCCUGAUCGACAAGUGGGGGCUGAGCCUCUCGUCGCUUCUGUUCAACAUCUUCUGCCUGCUGGGCAACAUCCUGCUCGCCAUCACCUUCUACAUGCCCGAGAAGCCCAUCUCGCUGCUCCUCAUCUCGAGGGUGGUGUUUGGUUUCGGUGGCGAGGCCAUCAUCAUGUGCCAGCAGGUGAUGUUGGCGCGCUGGUUCAGCGGCACCCUCCUCGUCGUGGCAUCGGGCUUUGUACAGGUCUUCGUCCUGUGCCUCGGCUCCGGCGGAGCCUUCCUCUUCCUGCCCCACUUUGACCAGGAUGGCGUCAACAUCUCGCUGUUGCACGUGCUGUUCGUGAGCUUCUGGGGUUUCGUCUUCAACCUGUUCUACGUCGCUCUCGAGUGGAAGUGGACCCCCUUCAUCAUCGCCAAGUUCCUCAGCGAGCGACAGCAGUCGGCCAGGGCGCUCGAGGGCAGCCUCCUCCCGCUCUCGCGACCGACCACGCCCGGCUACGAGACCCCGACCCCGACCACCUACGCACGCUCCUCGUUCGUCGACACCCGGACUUCAGCCGCGACCACGACGCAGCAGUCGCACCUCGUCGAC